AUGCCUUCUCCCAUGAGAUUAGCGAGUGGGCUCUUAACCCGAGCCACCCGCAAUAUUGCCAUUGAGUCCCCCCCAACACCACGCAUUCUCCCUCUCCUCCGAAACAACACCGCAUCACAAUGCCGAGCCUACACUCAAGCACAGCGCCCACGGUGCAACCAAAGCAUGCGCACCAUGAUCUCCGCACAAAAGAAUUUCUCUACGUCCGCCUUCCGAGCAGGCCCUAAGACAAUGGGCCAGAUGCGCCAGCGCAACUCGACGGGCCCAUUCUCGUGGAAGGCCGCACUGCUCUUCGUGCUGACCGGUGCCGGUAUGAUGCUGUACUUCCGGGUUGAGAAGGCGCGUCUCGAGCGCAAGCGCAUGACGGAAAUGAGCAAGGGUGUUGGUAAACCGAAGGUUGGCGGUCCGUUCCUCUUGAAGGAUCUCGAUGGGAAGGAGUUUACGGCGGAGGACCUGAAGGGCAAAUACAGCUUCGUCUACUUCGGCUUCACUCACUGCCCCGAUAUCUGCCCCGAUGAGCUAGACAAGAUGGCCGAGAUCAUCGAGAAGGUCAAGGCCGCGACCGGGGACGAGAGGCUCUUCAUGCCCGUUUUCAUUACUUGCGAUCCCGUCCGUGAUACGCCCGAGGUGCUGCGCGAGUAUCUCAAGGAGUUCCACCCCGGCAUCGUCGGCCUGACUGGCACGUACGAGCAGGUCAAGCACGUGUGCAAGCAGUACCGUGUGUACUUUAGUACUCCCAAGGAUGUGAAGCCCGGCGAGGACUACCUCGUCGACCACAGUAUCUACUUCUACCUGAUGGACCCCGACAAUGACUUCGUUGAGUGUAUCGGCCGCCAGGAUACCCCCGAGUCUGCGUCCAAAGUGAUCCUGGAGCACAUCAAUGACUGGAAGAGGGAGGGAAAGCCACUCAAGACGGAGUAA